UUUUGCUGGACAUUUUUACAUUUUUUGCUAACAACGCAUAAUUUUGCAUUAAAAAAUGGGUGAUCACUCCGAUUUGGGGUUCAAAGCUGAAUAUGCAAAAAGUAGUCGAGCGUCCUGCAAAGCCUGUAAAGGUGGCAUCACGCAGGAUAGCUUGAGGCUAGCUAUAAUGGUUGUAGUGCGAGUGCACUCUUUGACCUGUUGACACAUGAAGUGCUGACGUCACUGGUCUGUGAGCACAUCACGGGGAGUUCGAGAUCAGCUGUAGAAGAAGCAAGACGUACUUUGAUAUACUGCUUAAUAAAAGACCUCACGUGUGCUUUCCCUAAAGUUAAUGGUAAGCUAGGUUUGGUCUAAGUAAUAAUAGGGAAUACUUUAAUGGUGGCAGCGGUGUUUUAUUAAGCCGUUCCAGUGCAAUUGUUGCUGAAAUUCUGCAACUUUUGUUGGCAAAUUUUCCACGAGAAUUUUCCCGCGUUUGAAGCCACAUUUUUUCGUCAAUUUUUGGCCAUUGUUAAUUUUCUUCUGGUCUUACCAGUUGAUUAUUUGAUUCUACGUCGUAGUCUCCAUGGACUGCCACUAACCCGGCCCCUUCGUUUGCUUUUGUUUGUUUUUUGAGGCCUUUUCAGCGUCCUUAGCAACUUUUCGGACGGGAAGAGUAGCCGGACAGAAGACAAACAAGGUCGGUAGUUGUACAAUCAAGUUAAUCUUCUACUCAGGAGCAUUUGAUUUGUAAGCAUGGCCAGUAAUAAAGUGCUUGUAAACUUCUUGUCUGUUGAAGACUUGCAGACAAUUCCAAAUAUUGGCCCAAGGUUAGCAUCUACUAUUGUGGAUUUGCGUGAGCAUUAUGGCAAUCUCACACCAGAAAGUUUGCAGACAAUGCUUCGGCAUAAACUGCCGGACACUGUCAUGCAAGAGUUGGAUUUCACCCCAAACAGAGACUUGGUCGGCAACACCUGCCCACCUCCUCUAGGUGUACAAACAUCCCAUACCACCCCUCUUGUUUCAAAGAUUGAGACAGAGGUUGACGGGUUUGAGACCUUGGUUGCCUCUGCACAAAAGCAGUUGAAUGACCGCAUUGAUCAACUUACAUCAAUGCUACCAAGUGUCCCACAGCACUAUAAAUCUGAUCAUGCAUUGCCACGCCCCAGUGUUUACAAUCAGACAAAUGCCCCUGUUCCAAUGGCCCACCACUAUAUGCCAACACCACAACAGCUGAAACCCCAGUACCCCGUUCAACAAAGGUUGGACCUGGGUAGACUGCGAGAAAGCGACAGUGACGAGGAUGUCCAGUCAGCGUCUGGUAUCCCUCGCUCAUACAGUACCCGACAGAAAAAGGUACGUAUGCAUAAAAGCAGUCGGUUACCUCACUCCAAACUCCUGUCCCUUCACCGUCUUGAUUCAUCUCCUGAUGAGUCCGACACUAGACAAGCCCCAAUGAUAAAGAGUGAGCAAGUCAAGUUACACUCCUCCUUGCCUGAUAAGGACCAUAUUUCGCAAAAACAUGCGGAAUACCCCCAAGAGGUAGUACAGGCGUCCCCUCAUGGCCACUCUGUGCGCAAGGGUAGUCAUGCAUUGAAGGAUAUACCUAAAUCUCUGGUAUAUGAUGGUAAAUCGAGCUGGCAUUCAUUUGAAAUGAAGUUUCAGCAGUGUGCGCAAUCAUUUGGCUGGAGUACAGAUGAUUGUAAACUCUGCUUAUUACAUUGUUUGUCAGGGAAGGCACUCGACAAAUGUGCUCGAUUGCUUCAAUGCAGUCCAAAAAUGCCUUACCGUUCUUUAUUGAGCAAACUUAAGGAGCGGUUCGGCUCAGAGUUUCCCGCCUCUGCGCAAGCCAAGUUCGCUGACGCUUCCCAGGAAAAAGGUGAGUGUAUCGAAGACUGGGCAGAUAGGGUACAAGAGUUAGCGGCUGAAGCUUUCCGGUCACUGCCGGAGACCUUCACAAACCAGCAGGCGAUAGACCGCUUCUGUCAAGGCCUGCAAGAUCGAGAAGCUGGUCAUAGCACCUUCAUGCGUAAGUAUACAACCAUUGAAGAGGCCAUGAAUAACAUCAGGUUGUUUCAGCAUUCCAAGAGUGCUAUGGGCAAGAAAAAAUCUAUUCAUAAAGCAGUAGAUUAUGACGAAGAUGUAGCAAAUGUCUACGCCGUUCAGAAUCCUUCUGGACCUGCGUUAGACAUGAGCGUUCUCAAGAGAGAACUACAGAGUCUGCGAGAAGAGGUGAAGCGGCUUGGAGAAGCUAGGCCCACUCAACCGCGGAGCAGACAGCAGCGUUUCAACCGUCCGCGAGGUACGUAUGGCUGUUACAUUUGUGAUAGUAAUUCGCACUUGAUCGCUGAAUGUCCCCACAAGAAGGACUUUAAGGCGUUUGUUUUAAACGCAAAAGGGUCAGGAUAGGGAGCCAAUC